AAGAUGAGAAGCAUAUGGAGUGUGAACAGCGGAGGGUGUGCGUCUCCCUCCACCCUCCUGCCACUACAACCCUCACUACAGCCACUCCUUCCACACCUGCUCCUGCUACUUCUUCUGCUCGCCUCCCCUCCCACAGCCAGGGCUGCGGGCGAGGACGAGUCCCUGCUAGAGAUUACGGACAUCCUUCCCGAGGACACCAAGAGCUAUGAUAAGAUGAGGCCGCCACAGUCACAAGGCAAUCCUACGGUCGUCUACUUCCACGUCACCGUCAUGAGUUUGGAUUCCAUUGACGAGAGCUCCAUGACGUACGCGGCGGACAUCUUCUUCGCCCAGAGCUGGAAGGAUCACCGACUCAGGUUUCCACAGAACAUGACAGGCGAGUACCGUCUGCUUCCCGUCUCUUGGCUCAAGGACAUCUGGAGACCGGACGCUUUCUUCAAGAACGCCAAGUCCGUCACCUUUCAGACCAUGACGAUCCCCAACCACUACCUCUGGCUCAACCUAGACUCCACUAUUUUGUACAUGGUCAAGCUCACCCUCCUGCUCUCCUGCGCCAUGAACUUCCAGACGUACCCCCAUGACAGCCAGCAGUGUGCAAUGAAGAUCGAGAGUCUUUCGCACACCACCGACGACCUCAUUUUCGUGUGGGACCCACUAGUACCUCUGGUGGUGGACGACACAAUUGAACUUCCCCAGCUCGACCUCGUGUCCAACAGCACUGGUGAUUGUACCCAGGUCUACUCCACAGGUAACUUUACGUGUCUGGAGGUUGUAUUCACAUUCAAGCGUCGUCUGGGAUACUACCUGUUCCACACGUACAUCCCCACCUGCCUCAUAGUCAUCAUGUCCUGGAUCAGCUUCUGGAUCAAGCCCGAGGCGGUGCCGGCGCGGGUCACUCUGGGGGUCACCUCGCUCCUCACACUGUCCACUCAGCACGCCAACUCACAGAAGUCCCUGCCGCCUGUCUCCUAUAUAAAGGCCAUCGAUUUGUUCAUGUCCUCCUGCACGGUGUUCGUUUUCCUGUCCCUCAUGGAGUAUGCCAUGGUCAACAUCAUCCUGGGAGACAUGGUGGACCACAAGCCCCCGGACGAGAACUUCAUCCGCAGAGUCACCAGGAAACUCACGGUGCGCAGACCUCGGACACCCAAUGCUCGCAGACGGAACCCCGGAGAUGGAAUGCUGGAUGAGGCUGAGAAUGGAUGCUUUGGGGAUGCAGAUGGGGAGCCAAGAAUCAUUCCGGCGACCUCCACCACGCACCCACACGCCCACGCCCACCACCAGCAGCUGCCCCAUCACGCCCCCCCACCGCCCGCCCCCAGAGGAGUCCCGCCAACCAAAUUCGGUUCGGCCAGUAACAUCCCCUGCUCCGUGGCCAACGAGAUGCGACGUUCAAGAGAAAAAGCCAUCUUGGUGGAUCGCUUUUCUCGAGUCGUGUUCCCGAUCAGCUUCACUAUCCUCAACAUUCUCUACUGGGCUGUGUACUUCGAGUGGUGAAUGCUGUUUGCAGUCCACUGUUUGUGCUAUUUUCAUCUUUUCUUUUAGCCCUUUUUUUUUUUUUCUGGUGGGGAAAAGAAAUCUAUCGGAUAUCAGAAGAAUUUCCUUACGAGGAUUUAUAUUUUCUUUUCUUUUUUUCUAGUAUUUUGGAAGGAGUUAUUCGGCUUUUUCAGCCUUUUCCUCUUUAUCUGCGUUGCUUGAGGCACUGGGAACAGCUAGCUUGCUUUUUCUUACAUUUAGGAAGAUCUUUUCUCGUUCGUGCUAGUGGUGCGAGCUGAAUGAAGUGUGUGCCGAAUAAAGCGCUCGCAGUGACAUUAACUGAAACUAUUUCAGGUGAAUGAAAUGACUGCUGAAGACUCACUGAGCGAAACAUUAGUGUAAGCGCUUUAGUUUGAGUGUGAAAGACGCCCAUGUCACGGUGAAAUGAUAACAAACAAAUAAAACUUUGUGAAAUAAGAGUGAAGUUAAAAAGAAAAAUACUUGUGUGUGGCAAUAUGAAAAUGUGAGAAAAAUACUCGCUCGAGCCGGACGAAGCUUUAUAAAACAGGACGAAUUAUGAACAUGGUGCUACUCGUGCAACAACAACAAAAAAUGCAUGACAAAGUGAGCCUGUGAUGCUGAAAAAUAUAUACGAACUUUAGCACACUUUAUUGUCAUUCCUGAUGGACGCACCUCAGUGAUACUAUGUUUAUUGAAUUUCAUCCGUUAAUUAAGUGAAAAGUGUAUGUGCUGAAAACCCUUGAAUAGAUACAUGAAAAUACCUGUCCGUUAAGUAGAACCACACUGAAUAUGGGGCCUCAGAUGACGCUGAAAAAUUAUACUGAGGUUUGUUUAUUAUAAUCCCAAACGAAAAAAAACAACAACAACAACAACAACAGCAACUUCAAAUAAAAGAAAACUAGAAAAACCGUCAUACAUUAUGGUUCGUUAAUUUUGAAAAACAUGCCUGAUGAUCUACAAACCUGAGGGCAUUGUAAAUAAUACUGGAGUUUGUCAAUCAAAAAAGCAUACUUCAUGAACUACAGAUCUUUACAAUAAUACUAAGUGCUUGUUUGGUGACUAUCGCGCCGUUUAAAGUUGUGAUUGGUGACUGGUGUGUGGCAGAGUCCCACCACACACCACCACACACCACACUUGCUCACACCAAUCUAUACUGACACGUCCAAGCUCCUGUUCUUUUUUUUUUUUUUUUUUUGAUCCCUUUCACUCUCUCACUUUCUGUCAGCCCAUUUCGCCAGUCGCCUGUCAUUCUCUCCUCCGUCAUGUCAACCCACUCUGAAUACAUGCGUACAUUAUAUUCAUGGCGUGCACACAUCCUCAUCCUCACUUGCUGCCAGUUACCUUGCUCGUAUACACACACACACACACACACACACACACACACACACACACACACACACAUACAAGUACGCUUUCCCCUGCAAACAAUCUUGCGCUCAUUCAAUAAAGUAGUCGUUAAGUAGCUCCUUUGAUAUAGUAGUCUAAUAAGGGAACUUAUUUGAACUGAACAAUAUAGUGAUGAAAAUAAUGACAAUAAAAGCAACAACAACAACAACAAUAUUAAUAAUAAUAAUAAUAAUAAUAAUAGUAAUAAUAAUAAUGAUAAUAAUAAUAAUAGUAAUAAUAAUGUGAAAUGUCGCUCUCAUUAUGACGUCACAAGAAUCCAAGGAGAUGAUUAGCUGGCACGAGCAGGUCUCUUGUGUCCUUUACACCAAUCAGCUCCUGAAGCUUCGACGUAUUUUGUGGCGUGGUUUUUUUUUUUUUUUCUUGUUUUUUUUUUCUUCUUGGACGUGGAGGAGAACUAGGAUGACCUGAUCUUUUUUACCCAUGUCUAUCUGAGUUGGUAUUGCACAGUACGAUCGUUUCCUUCGUCGCGCACUCCUUCGAAGCUAUUUUGAAUGAACUGUCUUUCCUCUUGUAAUGAUAUGUACCUAACUGUAUGAGGAGAAACAGGCGAGGCUUCUAAACUAGCUUACUCUAAGGCUGCUACGGAAUUUUUGCUCGACUUACACUCUUAGAUUUAACCACUACCGUAAGAAUGAAAGGUAGAAAUUAAGAAUGAGGAGGCUGAAGAGAAAGAUGGUUAGGCUGAUGAGGAGGGAGUUCCGAGUAUGGAGAAUUCCAGAGAUUGACGCUUUUCUUCAAAUGUCAUUGUUAUCAGUACUUUAUUCAAUUUCUUUUUGUCGUUCACUUAAUUCUGAAGUAAAAUUAAUUUCUCUUAACACUUCCCGCUUUUUUUAAAUUAUUUUCUCCAUUUAGUUAUUUUACAUAAAUAAGGUAAGUAAUAACAUAUGGUACAAUGGUACAAUGGAACUAUUCGCUGUGGGAAGAAUAUUGUGAUCUGAAAUGACACCUCUAAUGCACAACAUUUUGGGGACGAAUUUUGGAUCGUAGGAUAAUGUUAUUAUUAUUUUUUUUUUAUUUUCCGAGAAAUCUAUAUCGAAGGAGAGCGCUAAGAAGGAAUUGCCUACGAAAGAGACAAUAUCUAGUAUGUAAUCUCUCUCUCUCUCUCUCUCUCUCUCUCUCUCUCUCUCUCUCUCUCUCUCUCUCUCUCUCUCUCUCUCUCUCUCUCUCUCUCUCUCUCUCUCUGUGUGUGUGUGUGUGUGUGUGUGUGUGUGUGUGUGUGAGUGUGUGUGUGUGUGUGUGUGUGUGUGUGUGUGUGUGUGUGUUUCCUUAACAGGUCAAUCAGUUAGUUACAAAAAAAAAACGUACUUAUGCUAUACUUAUCAACAUCAGUAGAAAAAUAACUUCAUGAAAACAUGUUACAAGGAAAGUGAAUGUUUAAAAGCGACGUUUGAGAUAUUUGGAUGUGAUCAUUUGAUGAAAAAAAAAAUACUUGGCUGAACUCAAGUAAUAUAAAAAAAGAAAAAAAAUAUCACGAAAGGAAGACUGUUUUCAUCUAUAAAUACGAGUAUUCUUACAAAGGACAUAAUCCUUUACCUCGGACUUUGAAAGGAACACUAUACGAAUAUGGUAUCUCGGAUAUUGUUAGUAUACUAAUUGGUUUUAUAAUCUUAAAAGGAAUUAUAUUUUUUAACUCUUAAUUUUAUUUCUAAACUGGAUAUUGCAUCAGAAUUUUUUUUUUUUGUGUGUGAAUGCAGGAGCUAAAUUUGCUUAAGUACACGUUGCCAGAAAAUUAAAAUGGUUGUAAUGGUCUUAGUUUUGGAUCUUGAUAAUUAAAUAAAUACAAAAUAGGUGAAUGAGUAGAAUAGAGAGGGAGAGAAGAGAACUGGAAUUAGGUAGGGCAGUGUGCAUCCAGUUUUAGAACGAUGGAGACACAAAAUAAUGAUUACAUGUGUGAUAUUUAGGUAAUAAGUAAGGAAAGUAACUGCCAUUCUGUCGUUAAGUAAGGGGAACUUAGCCACAGUAUAAAGAGGACUGGUGAAAAUAAAGAAAGGUUAAUGAAAAAUCAGUAGAACGACUGCAAAAUUGUGACUGAAAGAUGAGAGAAAUUCAGUGAUUCAUGGAAUAUACGUAGGGUAAAGAUAAAAAAAUAAAAUAAAGAUGAAGUUAAUGAAAACGUGGCUGUAACUUUACAACUAAAAAAAAAAAAAAUGCUACGAUAAAUGGAAGAUACAGUCACAGUAACAGUCACAGGUAAGGUUGUCACGUAUUAGAUAACAGGAAAGAAACAUUCACUACAGCAGUGGUGGCGGUAACAUGAAAUAAACGAUACGACACGAUAUAGUGAGUGAUCAUCCUUAUGAUGGCAAUGCUGGUGAUGACAGAUGAACUGGUAUUGUGUAAAUGGACUUAGAAUAAUCAUCAAGAAGUAUACUGUUUUUAUUUGUACCUCCUCCUCCUCCUCCUCCUCCUCCUUUCCCUCCUCCUAAUUAUUAUUAUUAUUAUCAUUACCAUUAUUAUUAUUAUUAUCAUUAUUAUUGUUAUUAUUAUUAUCAUCAUCAUCAGCAUCAUUACCAUUAUAAUUGCUUAUUUACUCGUUUACUUAAAAGCACGAAGGUGAUGUUGAGAAUUGAGAUGACGAAGAUGAUUAUCCAAUGCGAGGGCCCAAAUAUCCUUCUUUUAACCUUCCCUUCGUUUAGACUUAAACCAGAGCUGUGUGCACUGCUACGGCGGUUUCCCUCAUUCCUUAUAAGUAUUAUUACAUGCACACACACACACACACACACACACACACACACACACACACACGGUAAAUAAAUAAUAAGAAAAUAUAUUGUUAAGCUUUUCCAAUCCUAAACACCGACACCUGUGUACCAUUAAUGACGUACUGUUGUGAUGAGUGAACCAAACGCCCCCCUUGGGAUGUAACCACUUAGAUCUUGACGUCAAAUUGAUUACGUUCCAUGUUGGAUCAGAUGUCUCCUCUAGUGUUAAGUUACUAUGAUGUUCUUCUUCUUCUUCUUCUUCUUAUUAUUAUUAUUAUUAUUAUUAUUGUUAUCAUUAUUAUUUUCAUUGUUAUUAUGUAAAAUCUGAUUAACAUAUUUACAAUUUCAUCAUGAUUUUAUGUACAUAUAAUUUUCUUUUUUUUGGUUAAAAGAAAGAUAUCCUUUU